CAUUCUCUUUCCUCCUAAAGUAGGCCACUUGCAAACUUCUGAUACUCCUAAUGCAGCCUCCUGUCCAGGAAAAAAUUCAAGGCCUUGGCAUGCCUUGCUUGGUUUCUGGCAUAGUUACACCACAGAUCUUUCUGGCAUGCGUUUCAUGCAAGCAGAAAGUAAAGGGAUUUUUGCUAAUACAGGGUAUGCUGCUUCCUUGAGCAUAUAUACUGCAAAAAGGUUUUUUGCUAGUAUAGCUGCAUUUGAUUUGAGCAAAAAGCAGGUGUGCUUACAUACAUAACUUCACCAGCAAUGCUUUGCAUUGUAGACCAAGUCUUAACGGGCAGCUAGCCUAUUGAUGCUAUACAUUGUAUACUAUUGAUAUACAUUAGUAUAUUGAUAGUAAUUAGGAGGGCUUGGCCAGUAAACUUAACUAUGGUAUCAGUGACUUUUUUUAUUCCUUGAUAUUAUGUUGUACUUCUUAGGUGUUGGCUUGACAUAAUUUUUAUGAACUUAUUUUUUUAAACCAGGCUUCUUAAGUUUCACUCAGAAAAAAAAAAAAUGAGUUUACAAGUAGCUUCUAUAACUGAAAGUAAAAAUCACCUUUAUUUGGCAAACAGUAGACACCAAAGCCUAACAAGUGCUUAACUUCCAUGUUACGUGAUACAGUCUCUUCCUAGUUUAAGAGGUUCCUAAACUGCUGAUUGAUUGAGGAUUGUCAAGAGUAUAUCAAAAGGAGAAACCCAGCCCACUGAACAAGACCUUAUAGUCUUUAACUAUCCAUAUAAAAUGUUAAGAUUAAAAUAUAUAUUUAUUUAUAUUAAUGUAUAAUUUUGUAUAAAAUAUAAAAUACGGUUUAUAUCAUUGUGAUUAAAUCUUCACUUUUUUUUAAUUCAGUUUUAUUUGCAUGUUAACUCUAGAAAGUUAAAAGCAUGAUUGUGAUGGAAGAAAUUUUUGCACAAUUUAGAAAAAUAAUUCACCCGUAUUACAAGCCUAUGCAUUCCAUACUUUUCUCUUUCCACUUCAUAAGCUAUAGUGUCUGUUUAAUAAAAGUAUAUGGAAACAUUUAAUAGCUUUGAAUUGGGAAAUGCAACCUAAAAGUUUGUUUUAAACUAUAGGUACAUGUGUUAUUUCUGUUACUGUAAUUUUAUGUAGACACAGGUAUAAGAAGAAAAAAUAGAAGGUAAUGUUUUGCAAAAUUCAAAUAUUCUCCAAAAGCUUGUUCUCUGUGAGCGUUAAAGUAAAAAUAACUAAAUCCAAUUUCAUUGUGUUAUAGGUGUGGAAUUAAAUGCAUCAUAGCAGGGUGGGGAGAGGGGACAGUUAACUGUUGUUUCCUUUCAGUUUACUGUUUUCUAAGAAAGGGUGUAUUAAACUCCUCCUUUUCAUAAACUAGUGCCAUAUUGCUUCUGGCUUUAAAAAUACUUUGUAUCUUAAAAUUACAUUCAUAUGUAUUCCACACACUCAAGUAGAGAACUUAUUGCGUUGCAUCAACAGAAUGGUCUGUAUCAUAUGUGCUGGGUGAUAAAAACAGCAUUCAUUUCUAACCCUGAAUAUUAAAUAACUGACUGUCUUACAAUAAAAUAAGGUACAAGUGUAAUUUUGGAACUCUACCUUGCUCAUGUUUCAUGGGGUAAGAACAGUAUUAUAAAAUGACGGAUACAGAAUCUUUACUGUGAGGGUGGUGAAGCACUGGCACAGGCUGCCCAGAGAAGUUGUAGAUGUCCAUUCCCUGGAAGUGUUCAAGGUCAGGUUGGAUGGGGCUUUGGGCAACCUGGUCUAGUGGAGGGUGUCCCUGCCCGUGGCAGGGGGGGUUGGAAUUCGAUGGUCUUUAAGGUCCUUUCCAACCCAAACCAUUCUAUGAUUCUAUCAUUAGAAGAUCCUUACUGUAGUGGCUGGUAAAUGAAGCAAAUUAUGUGAAACAAAUAUAUUUUCUGUGGUCAUAGAAAUAAGAUGUGAUUCCUAGUUAUCAUAUAUAUCUAUGUGAUGUUAAUAAAUGUGAUUUCUUCCACAAAUUAACUUCACUUUUUCCCAUUUCCCUUACUAGCUUUGGCAUGUGAUGAGCACUUCUGCCUUUUAGACAACCAAAAGCAGGCAAAAUGAAACCAAGAGGAGGCAGAGAGAUGAGGGAAAGAAAUACAGAAAUUUCAAGCAGCAACAAGAAGGGGAAUGGUAGGGAGAAAUGAGAGAAGAACAAGUAGGGAAAAGAAGAUUUGAAGAGAAACACAGCAUCAAUAUUGGAAGGAGAAAGAAGAAAACAGGAGAAAAGGGAGGAAGGAAGCAGAGAGACUGUUGGUUCUAGCAACAUGGAGGAUGAUGUCAGCUUGAAGUUCCGUCAGCAGCUUCUCCUUAUUGAUGAAAAUCUGGUGGCUGAAGAUGUAGCAGCUUUAAAAUUUCUCUGUACUGACUUGCUCCCCUUCAGAAAACUAGAAAGUGUGAAGUCAGCAGUGGAUGUCUUUCAGCUUCUCAUGGCUGAAGAAUAUCUGAAUGAGGAAGAUACUUUCCUACUAGCUGAACUCUUAUACAGAAUUAAAUGUCACUCCUUGCUCAAUAAACUUGGUUAUACCAAGGAGAAAGUGCAAGAAUGCCUGCAUGAAAAGGGAAGAGUGUCUCCAUACAGGCAGAUGCUGUAUGAAUUGUCAGAGAACAUUACCGAUGAGAUGUUGAAGGAUAUCAUAUUUCUCCUGCAAAACUGUCUUCCAAAGCGACGGAUAACUCUUUCUGCUCUGGAAUUGCUGAUUUUAUUGGAAAAACAAGGCCUUUUAACUGAAAACAAUGUACAGAUGCUGGAAGAAGUCUGUAUGAAUGUUUCACCUGAUCUCCUGGAAACAGUAAACUGCUAUAAAAGGGCAAAAGUGUCUCUGCCUCAGCAGGAGAACAGCGUGCCAGUCAAGGAAUCUUCACUGUCUCACACUGGACACAUCAGAGUAUUCUCUUCCCCACAGGAGACCUCAAUCAAACCUGUCGAUUCUAAUAUCAAUGAUUACAAAGCAGCUAAUCUUUUACAAGGCUCCUCUGAAAUGAAGCUGGAGCUAUCUGGAGAAUUCAGCAAUAUAGAAAAUGAAUCCAAGAAGAUGACAAGCUACAAAAUGGAUGGACCACACAGAGGGUUUUGUGUUGUUAUUAAUAAUGUUAACUUUGAUAGGUCUCUUCAGGAGAGGAAGGGUUCUUCCAAAGAUGCUGAGGAACUGGAGCGAGUAUUCACAUGGCUUGGUCUGGAUGUGAGGACCUACACAGAUCUGACGUCUCAGGAGAUUAAAGAACUCAUGCGAACUUGGCAGUGUUGGCAAGAUCACAAAGACAGCGACUGUUUUAUAUGUUGUAUUCUAUCUCACGGAGAGUCAGGAGCGAUCUAUGGGAAAGAUGAGGAACUUGUAUCAAUCCGCAUGAUCAUGUCCCACUUCACUGCCAAACAAUGUCCACAGCUGGCUGAAAAACCCAAACUCUUCUUUAUCCAAGCAUGCCAGGGUAAAGACAUACAGUGUCCUGUCUAUGUUGAAGCUGAUGCACAAAUUCCUGACUUGUCUUCCAUGCAACAGAACAUUUCUCCUUCUGAAAGUAUUCCUGAAGAGGCUGAUUUCCUCCUAGGCAUGGCCACAAUUGAUGGAUAUGUCUCUUUCCGGCACGUUCAACAGGGUACUUGGUAUAUUCAGGCCCUGUGCAGCAAGCUACAGUUGUUGGUACCAAGGGGUGAAGAUAUUUUGUCAAUUCUUACAGAAGUUAAUGAAGAUGUGGGCAGACGUGUUGACCGCUUGGGGACAAAGAAGCAGAUGCCCCAACCAGCAUAUACCUUAAGAAGAAAAUUUAUAUUUCCAAUACCUAGAGACCCUCCUCCUUCACAGCAACAUUGAGGCUUUUAAAAUACAUCCUUUUAUCAGCACAUCUCAUUUAAAUGCAAUUUACCACACUACCUGUUGUAAGGCAGUUACCCAGAAUCCUGAGGAACUGUUAGCUUCAAGGCAGGGCCUCAGAAUUUUUUUGCCAAACAAACUCUAAAACUGGAGGAAACAAAAUUAAAACAAUCCAUGUGCCAGCUAUUUAUAUUUUCUAUAUAUUCAGAGUUAUCAGGGUUGAGAGAAACAUGCUUCUGUCAUGUUAAAGGAUUGUGUACCUGCACAGACUGCAGAUAUGAAAGUGUUUUUCUGACACCGUAAGGGUUGCAUGUAGCCUUCCAUAUCUAAACCAGGAUUGUUAAUGGUGUGGUUUAGCCUCAUCAUGUUUUAUUUUGCAGGCUAACAAUUUUAAAUCCCGCCUCUAAAUCCACUGACUAUGUUCAUAGAGAAUGACAAAAGGUCGGAAUGAAAAGGAGAAAGCUUAAGUAUUAAGUGGAAAAGGAUUUCUUCCAUCUCUAAUUUAAAUCAUGUUUAACUUAAUGGAGAAUCAGUUAACUAUUGAAAUCAGUAAUUUGUUCCACAAGGCACACCGAUACCGUCUAACGUAAACCUCAUGUACAAUGAGAUCUUUCCAAAACUGAGUAAAGCCAAAAUGCUGCAUAGUAUUCUCUCUGUGAAACCUUGUGAACUGUCAUUUCCUCAUCACUUCUGGGAAGAAAAGUUAGGGUAGAAGAUUUGCAUGCUAUGAAAUACGGCAUUCAGCAGUGUAUCUGUAGGUUUAUCAGAUUGACUAACUUUUUUAAGCAUUAAAUUUUCUGAUUAUCAUUUCUUGUUUUAAGAUCUCAAAGGCUUCUAACACAACAUUUUGUGAGUUAAGUGAAAUAAUGUCAUUUUGUUAUGAGCAUUUAUUAUGUAUGUCUGUGUCCUUCCUGUUUGUUCCUGCAUUAAAUUCAUACUUCUUUUUAAGAGCUUGGCAAGAUAAAAAUUGUGUACUGAGGUAAGGCUUAUCCUUGUUUCUGACUGGCCCCUGCCCUUUGUUGGGCUGCAUGAAUCAGUGGGGUUUUAGCUGCCUCAGAGUUUAAGCUGAAGUGAAACUGAGUUUCAGAAAAGCAUUGAUUGUUAUGUAUGAUUACUAACCAUAAGUUGGGUGAAGAUUGAAAGAGUACUGUUUAGUGCUGUGGGACGCAAUUUUUAGCUUGCACUAUCCAGGAUUUUUAGGAGAGGAGUUUUGCAUCAUACAGAGCAUAUAUGGCAGUUUGCCAAAACAUAAUGGUCACUUUUUAUCAGGAUGAAUUGGUAGUUGUGUGACCCAUUGCAUUUUGAGUCUUCUGAGUUAGUAUGAGUGCCACAUUUGAAGUCACAUUUGUGCCACAGAUAGAAAAUGUUUUGUCUGUUAGUAGAAUAUGUAACAUACUGUAAUAGAAUCAUGAAGUUUCUGGCUCACAAUUACUGAUCAGGCUUGGUGUGCUUUUGUUUUGUAUGUUUAUGUAACAAUUGAAUUUUUAUCAGUAUGGAGUAAACGCUGACAAGAAUAUUGACCUUG